AUGGAGGCGUCACCUGCAUCCUCCCCACGGUCUCCGGCUUUGACCACAAAGACGUCUCAGCUCCCAUUUACAGCGCCAGAAGCCCUUCCUACGGCCGUCGAGGAGGUAAGCGAGGCGGUUGUUUCGGCUGCGGUGGCGGCCCACCAAACGGCCAGCAGCAGCUACGCGCAGGAUGACGGCCAAGAGACGCUUCUGCUACCGCGGCAGCAGAAGCCGGUGAUUUUCUCGCGUCAGUGGCGUCGACAGCUCUUUGCCGGCACCGCCUCGUCGUCAUUGCCUUUGGAGUCCGGCAAGCCGAUCACCGGCUCCACCGUCGAGGAUGUCCUGCGAGGUCACGUCCAGAGCAUAGGCCGGCGUGCGCGCGGGGACGUGAGGGAGAGCGACUCCGACAGCGUCGCUGACGAGGAGGGCGAUGAUGACGAGGAGGACGCGUCACCCUUUGGCAAGGCGAGUGUCAUCAAGUUCAGCCGCACCGAGGACAGCGGCGGUGUGCCCGGCAGGCUCGCAGCGGUGCCGUCGAGCGGCGACUCCGGCGAUGGGGAGGACCGGCUCAGCGCUGAAUCAGCGUUCAUGAUGCAGGCUACGGCUGGGAGGGCAGUGCAUGGGCGUCGUAACGGUGCGGCACUGCAGUCCUCGGGGGCACUGACACGUCGGCAGCGGCACCAGCUACGGCAGCAGGCACAGGAGGCGCGUGAGCACCACCGCGUGCGGCGUCACAUGGCUGGCUUCGAUCCGGACUUCCUGAGUCGGCAGGAGUCUCGGAUGCAGGUGCACAGGGAGCGGGACAGCAACGAGGAGGGCGAGGACGAGGAGAGUGGCGCGCACUCUUCGGAGGGGGAGACGGACUACAGCGCAUCAUCCACGGCGGAGAGCGAAGCGCUCUCCUCCGUCAGCGCGGAGGGAGACGACGACGAAGGGGAGGAAGCUGAAGAGGAUGGAGACGUCGAUGGUGACCUGCUAGACCCCUCCGCAUCUGCGCCGCAUGGAGAUCUCAGUGCCGCCGGUGGCGGCGGGUUCGGCGCUGCGGAGCGUACUGAGCACGAGCGCCAGGGGCGCGCACACGACAAGAGCGGUACGGCGGCGCCGCCUGCACAGGUCGACGAGCCUGGUGACAGCGGCAGCAACACGAGUCCGGCGGCUGUGCGUUCUCAGUUUUUUCAGUCUUUCUUUUUUGCGUGCCACGAGGACCGCAUGUGCCGCAGUGGAUGCCACCACACCCUCGUCGGACUUCGCGACUCCGUCACCAUCAAAGGACCGUGCGGCAUCAUCGGUUUUGGCCUUGGCGAGGUCUCUGUCAACGGCUUCUACCUUGGUCGCAAGCAACUGACCCUGUGGCACGAAGAGCACCGAGCGGUGCUGAUGCCCAUGAAGCGGCUCAAGACACGGCACGCGCAGGACAUGGAGCUGCCCCAGUGGCACCGCGUGCCGGCGCCUCCCUGGCCCUCUCGAAGUUUUUCGACGGCCGCCGCUGCCGGAGAAAGCACGUCGAUGGACGCUGGGGAUGCUUUGGGACAGCCACUGAAUCCUCUGUACUACCGCGGCGUGUGUGAUGCAUCACGGAGCAGGACGUCUGCGACGGUGAAUGGCACUCCAGCAGCACCUGCUGCUGCUGCUGCUGAGGGGCCGGACGAGGAGGAGGCCUUCCUGCAGUCGCUGCAGUGGAGCUGCGAGUCCGUGUUUGGGGCGGUGGACUGGGAUUGGGUGGAGGCGACGGUGCAGAGCUGGCGCAAUCUCUUUUCCAACCAGCUGCCACCGAUCUUCUUGAUUUUGCAGCCGUCCUCUUCCAUGCGCCGGCGUGGCGGCGAAGGUCCGACGCGAAGGUUCUACCUCACCCGCAAGCGCGGUCGUCAGGACGGCGCUGCUGGUGGCCAGUCGAAGGUGAGCAAGAAGGGGGGCGCAUCGCAGGAUGCCGACGCCGCGCCGUCGAGCACGUACAUGGACAUUCCGUCGUUUGUCGCCCACCGCAGCGAGCCGUCCGUCGAUCUCGCCCUCGUGCCGAGCAUUGUGCCGUCGAUCGCGGCACAGGGCUGCGGCUCUGUCAUGGUGCUGGGCUCUGCGAACAUUGGAAAGUCGACACUGUGCCGAUACUUGGCAAACGUCCUCCUCAGUCAGCACGGGCUCUGCUACUGGCUCGAUCUCGAUGUCGCGCAGCCCGAGUUCGGCGUCCCGGGUCAGCUGACGCUCUCCAUUGUGCGGCGUCCGCUGCUGCGCGCACACGACGCGAGCUGCGCUCAGAUUGUCGCAGCUUUCUUCAUCGGCGCCAGCACACCGGCGCCAUGCCCGCUGACUGCGGCAAACGCACUGGCGGCUGUCUGUGCGCAGGCGCGAGCGGUGAGCAGAGAACAUCCUGUGGUGGUGAACACGCAUGGGUGGGUUCUGCAGACGGGACGACGUGUCUCUGUCGAGGCACUGCGGCGUCUGCGACCACGCCAGGUGAUUCACCUGCACAAGGCACGGGAGGAGCUGUGGGUGCAGGACACGGCAGCCUUGCUGGAUCCGCGCAACGGGCUGAACGCCGAGGUGGUGCAGCGCCGCUUCCUUGUUCGUUACAGCUCUGCCAGCUCUCCGGCCGCUGCUGCUGCUGGUGAGAACAGUGGUGGUCCUGCCGCGGGCUCGAAGAAGAACAGGAUCAAGGGUGCGCCUCUCAGUAGCGCGACGCCGUCUGCGGCCUUGCUCUGUCGUCUCCCGUAUCCACACGCUCGUGAGGAUGCUGUCCAGCCGCCUGCGCCCUCAGACCGCGAGUCGCCGGUGUCGUCCCCCACGACCACGAGCUCGCACAGGUGGCGCGGCCAGGUGCACUCGGUUCGCGUGGAGCGCGAGGAGACGUACUCGUCGAUAGCGCGCAUCAAGGCGACGAAGGGCAGCCGUGGACGGCAACAGCGGUGGGAGACGUACUUCUCGGCCUUGCUCCGCCACUACGCCGGCCGCACCGCCGCUGGCGCGAAGGCGGCGAGUGACCACCCGAACGCGGAGGAGCCCGAGACGACCCUCCUCGAGGCGCCGCUCUCGGCACUGCACUCGAUCGUGCUGGCCGAGCGUGAUGAGAAGCUCGGUGAUGUUUGCCUGGUGGAACCCACACUGCCCUCCUCGUCCUCCGCAGAGGUGAAGUCCCGUGCCACCGCUGCCGUUGCUGGUGCUGAGCGCCGGCGAAGUCGCCAAACGCACGCGGAGUUGGCAGCGGCGCUCGAGCACGCGGUAGUCGCCGUCCUCUUCCACGCUCAACCCUCCGCUGUAGCAGCACACGGCCAGCCGAACGGCGGCGAAAGGUGCGGCGUCGUGCGCAGUCUUGCCUCCCUCCAAAACGGGUUUCCCGUGUCGUGCUACGGUGUUGUGGAGAGCGGCGAGCGGGAGCUCCUGCAUGGCGUCGAGGCGGCACAGCGGGAGAAGGAUGCGAGCUCGUCGUGGGGCAGUUCCGCCUCAGCCGGCUGGAUUCGAAUCCGCGUGCCGCUGCGACCCAGCGUCGUCGCAGCGAUGCUCUCUAACCCCGAGAGCGGGCCUGCGGCUGCGGCCGCCAAGCGGUGCACCUGCGUUUCCAUCGCCUAUAGUGCCGCCUUGCGUAGCGAGACCGCCUUUGUCGAUGCCUGGCGGUGA